GCGCUGUCGAUGUCUGGGAGGUGCUGAAAUCUACUCAAGCUCAGUUCCGCGUGAUUGCCCCCCUUUGACAGUGAUUGACAGGCGAAACCACGCAACCAAACUGCCAAGUCCAAUAGAAAAUCAGAAGCGGACUGCACGUCUUUUCCCUCCUCAAAAACAUCAUUCUUGUGCUAUAAGCUCGUGCCCUCGAACUCUCGAGGAAGCCUCAGACCGACCGAGCGACCGAUAUCUAUUUCUUUACAUCAUCUAACGUUCAUCAGCUGAUUCUGGAAUUGCCUUUUUGUCUGGAUUCGACCGUGGGAGAAAGAGAAAAGCCGCAUAAAGCACGGAACUGUGCUUGAUGUAGAGAGGACUGCGAGGGGGAAUCAGAAGCCUUCAUGUUUCAGUUGCCAAUUUUGAAUUUCAGUCCCCAGCAGGUAGCGGGGGUAUGCGAGACUUUGGAAGAGAGCGGAGACAUCGAGCGUCUCGGCAGAUUCCUGUGGUCGCUGCCCGUGGCACCCGCUGCCUGCGAGGUGCUCAACAGAAAUGAAUCUGUGCUGCGAGCUCGGGCUAUCGUAGCCUUCCACACCGGGAAUUUCCGCGAUCUUUACCACAUUCUGGAGAACCACAAGUUCACCAAAGAGUCUCAUUCCAAACUGCAAGCACUUUGGCUGGAGUCACACUACCAGGAGGCAGAGAAGCUCCGAGGCCGCCCGCUAGGACCAGUGGACAAAUAUCGGGUACGGAAGAAGUUCCCUCUGCCUAAAACAAUUUGGGAUGGAGAACAAAAGACGCACUGCUUUAAAGAAAGGACCCGGCAUUUACUUCGAGAAUGGUACCUCCAGGAUCCUUAUCCGAAUCCGAGUAAAAAGAGAGAGCUUGCACAAGCUACGGGACUCACUCCCACUCAAGUGGGGAAUUGGUUUAAAAAUCGAAGACAAAGGGACAGAGCCGCAGCCGCUAAAAACAGGUUCCAGCAGCAGGUGUUGUCUAAUGGCUCGGUUCGGUCCCUAACUGGAGAGGAUGGUGCUGUAGACCGACUGGGGAACGCGUCGAGCCCAGAAGCGAGCCUGUCGAGCAAAGCCGCUGCGUCGGCCAUCUCCAUCACUUCAAGUGACAGCGAAUGUGACAUCUAACAUCGCACCGAACCGGCCCGAGGGGCUAUAAGGGAAGACUAUGAAAAAAUUAACACAUACGAUGGAAAUCGAGACAGACAAUCAGCAAGAUAAACAAGCACAUUAGUGCCUGCCUUAACGUAUCAAAGGCCGUGUUUUUUAUUGCAUUUCAUUUAAUUUAUUAAUUUUUUAAGGCUGUUACACCAGCCUGGAAUCUUGGGAUUCACGGAAUGCUUUAUCAUCAAAAUGUAUUUAUCUUUUUGUGAGAGCAAAGUGGGGGCAAACGCGGGAAAAAAAAAACUAUCUACUUUUGUAAUCGAUUGCCUCAAACAAAUAGCCUAUGUGCCCCUACGGAAAUGAUAUUUAACACUUUUGGUUAAUUUUGAAAAGGACUUCAUGGUGAAACAUUUGACCUCCCGGGUUUUCUAAGGUGUUUACGCAUUAAAUUGUUACUCUUAUAGAAUCUCAUUUUUAUUUGCUUGGUCAUUUCAAUUCUGGUCAUUUUCGAUGUUAGACGAUCGCGUUUUAGAGCAUGUACGCCGAUAGUGAAGAUUUUAGUGAAUAAAGGACUUAUUAUAAUAAAACUUUGAUGCUCAAAGUAACCAUACAGACUUAUUCUCAUCAAUUACUACCAAUAUUAAACUAAAUUCAUGUUUUGUUUUGUUUUUCCCCGACAACCAUUUUGUUGAUAAGUUACAAAUUAUUAUUAUUACCAGUAUUCGGUAAAUGUAGGCUACAGUGGUGUGUUUAACCUGAUAGCUAACUGCGUGUCCAGACGCGUUAACCGCCCCGUGUGAUUGGUUUUGCCGUCCCGUAAUGUUUUCUGACAGGAGAAGGUCAACGAGAGGGCGAAGCGCCUCGGUUUCAAAACGAGCAAGCCAGAGAUCAAAAGCAUCGAAAACUUCGAAAAUGCACAACCGAAUGCUAUAAUUUAUUUACUGAUUUACUUAUUUGUUUGUGCUUUGAUUGCUUACAGAAAAACUGAAUUACUGUAUUACUUAUACAUUCCUUUAAUGCCACUUUUGUUGUGAGAAGGAAGGACAAACAUAGGCUAUGUU